CAGGGAGCAUGUAGCAGGAACCAAAUGAUCGGCGCUGAGAGCUGCAAGCGUGCCGUUCGGGUUUAUAAAGAGCCGUUUCUCUCCAAGGCAACUUAAGUUUAGUUUUGCAAAGUCUUCACCAAACCACCCACCCACCCAGCCGUGAAAGAAUGUUUACGGGGUUUUCUUUGGGUGUCAGUACAUACAGAAGAGAGAGAGAAUGGAGGAAAAGGGCAGAAAGAGAUCGAAGUAGUGAGAACGUAAGAGGAGAAGGGAAAAGAAGGCGAAAAGUGAGAAAAUAAAUUUAAAAUUAAACCAAGGCUUCGCGGGAUAUCGAUCAGACAGAAAGGUGGGCGGAGCGUUGGAGAUGGAAGUCAGUCCCGAUCGGUGCGGGGCUUUGCAUUUCGGGAAGUUAUCUGGGAAUGGACAUAACCAGUGAACCAUGAAGUCACAACAUCGCAAGAAAUGUACAGCAGAGAGACGGGCCUUUACGACCUACCGUGAGUGACACGGGAGCCUGCAACCGACCAGCAAAACUACAGUUUCACCGGGUGCACUGUUGGAGAAAGGACAAUCACAUCGCAGCCCUUUCAGCAAGGAGGAACUAGUUCUUACUUCACCGAGAAUGGAAACAAAACAAAUGUGUUCCUGCCUUCUGAUCCUUGUUAUUAUGCUCUACCCUUUCUCUGUAGAGCAGAGCCCCAUAGACGCCAUCCAGCUGGGCAUGGUGGAGAACUCAGCCGCCUACAUCUUCACCCAGAGCGAGGCCUCCGACCGGUUGGCCAUCGGCUACCUGGUGGAGGAGAGGAGGAUGAACCAUUUACUUGACCAAGUGUGGCUGUGCGCACUGAAGAACAGGGGGUACGCCCCAGUCCCCCAGGGGCUGCGAACGGAGCACAUGUUGGCUGUCUUCGCCUACACGGAGAGCAAAUGCAACAACUUCUACAGCGUGUUCAACCGGGCGGUCAGGUCGUACGGAACCAACGACGAGGUCUACGCGGAGAAAUUCCCAUUCAAGAGCUUCCAUUAUCUUCUGUCGGUUGCCCUCCAUAGACUGAGAGGUAUCUCGGCCAGUGAGCCGGAGACGACCUACAGAGGGAUGGGGAGGCUGGUCGUGGGCCAGAAGGGAUUGAACAUGAGAUUCGGCUACUUCGCCUCUUCCUCUCUGGAUAUAAACAUCGCCAUGAAAUUCUCCAACAGAACUUUCUUCGAAAUCAGCUCUCAGCUGGGCGCACCGAUCCAAAAAUACUCGCGUUACCCGGAGGAGAAGGAGGUGUUGAUACCACCCUACGAAGUGUUUAUUGUCACCGAGUCCUUCACCAGUAACGGAAAGGCCAACAUUUCUCUCAAGGGGGUGGGGAUGACCGGGAUCCCGGUGAAAGUAGAGCGGGGCAAGCGCGGCGAGAUGAGGGUGAUGCGGAGUGAGGGGGCCGCAGUGUCCGCAAUGGCAGGGUUGUGCGUCCUGGCGUUUCUGGGUCCCAUUUCUUUGUAAAGCAGCGGCAAAACGAUUACACCUCCUUAUCAUCACCUCGUCAGCUCUCCUGCAGAAAGACCUACCUGUACUUUAGGUAAAGGGAUCCUCCGACCCUGAAUCGGAAAAUAGAUAUUGAACAGAGAGGAGGGCAUGAGGCGGGACCGACCAAGUAUCUGCAUUAGAAGAACCCCUCUGGGCUAAAUCGUCCAAUAACCUCUUUCUACAACGUCCAAGGUUUUACAGUCACGGAAUCGUAGAUUUGUAGCGCACACGCAGGCCCUUCGGCCCCUCACGUCAAAGCCCACGAAAUUGCCUGUCUACACUGAUCGUAUUCCCCGCUCCGGUUCAGGAGGCCGUAAGUAACCUCGAGGACCAGCGAGUUAUCUCGUCCCGGGAAACCUGCCAUUCGACGGCACCAACAUCCAACGCUCCAUCUUUAUGUCGAUCGCCCCAUCCUCCGUCCGUUUCGUCUCUCCUCCUGAUCUGCCCAGUUCCACCGCACCAGACAACCCAUCACCCUGUUUCCCUCCCCUUCCUCCACGCACCCUGUCAGCGCAUCAACGGCACACUCCUCCCUCUGGGUCCCCUCCCUGCCACUGUUCCCUCCUGCCCCCUCCCCGCCUGCCUUAUUCGUUUUCCACACUCAACCCUCCUCUCCUAUCAGACUGCACCACCGGAAGCCCUCUGUCCCCUCCACCUCUCACCUCUCCGCUCUCUUCUCCCCUCGCUCCCUUCACUCCUCUCUCCACUUCCUCCCUUCUCUCCCUCUCCACCCUCCCUCUUCUCCUUUCCCUCCUGUCUCCCCCUCCCUUCUCCCCUCCCUCUCUUUUCCCUCCCUCUCUCCUCUCCCUCCCGUCUCCCCUCCCUCCCUUCUGCACUCAGGGACUCGCCCGGAAACGUCGAAAUUCCAUUCCCCCCCCCACGGAUGCUACCUGACCGGCUGAGUGCCUCCAACCCCCUACAAUCCUCUUCACUCUACUCACAAGACAGCGGAGUCCUUCCCACCCAGUUCUAUUUCUGCAGAUGCCUCACAGGAAUGUUGGUGUACAUUUGAGAAUCCUUAGUCCUAGUUAGAAUACCUGCUCUCCAGGAGAAAUGUUAUAUUCGGUAAAAGAAAAAAGAAUAUCCUCAGUGAUCAGUUCUCAAAAUUGCUGUUAAAUACACUCUGGUUUUGUGAGCACACUGAACACUUGACCAUUGUAAACACAAUGUAAUACCAACUUGUCUGUUGAGUUCAUAGAUUAUAGAACUGUACAGCAGAAAAACAAGACCCUUUUGGCCCGCAUUGUCCAUGCCAACGACUUAGCCUUAUCGACCUUAACCUCAUUUGCCCGCAUUAGACUCAUAUCCGUCUCUGCCUUUUGUACACAAGCACCUGUCCAAAUACUUGUUAAACGUUCCAGUUGUGUCAAUCCCCACCACCUUCUCUGGCAUCCCAUUCAGUGUAUGAAAAUUUUAUGCCCGAGACAUUUAAAUUUCUCCCCCUCACAUUAAACCUGUGCCUUAUCGUCCUAGACUCCCCUGCCUGACUAUCCACGCUACUUAUUCCCUUCACAAUUUAUUCCUUUUUUUCUAACCGCUGCCACAUCUCCUCCAGGUUCUAACUUCAUUUGUAACCCCCUAUCACGCCCACACCGCACCCGCCCCUCCCGCCUUUGACUCCUGGGAUAUCAGGUCUGGCCGAUUGUUGCCCUGCCCAUUAUACAGGGCAAGGACAGUCAGGCUGCCUGGAGGAGAGGAGGGAGGGAGGGACGAAGGAGUGGCUCUCGGACGUCGGUGUGGCUGGGUGGGUGGAGAGGAGACAGAAGCAAAGUCAACCCUGUCUUUCCCUAGUCAGUGGCCGGGCGAAGAUUGCGUGUCGUGUAACGGGGUGGACGAGUGGUGCCUCUGAAGCGCAGGCAGCCGGAAGGCGGUCGGAGUGAGAAGGCUCCCUCCUCCUGAUCUACCCAAUUCCUCGUACACUGACCCCAGACCCCUCUCCGUCACACUCUUUGCCCUUCCUCCAUCCACUCCGUCUGCUCAACACCAACACACACCUCCCACGAGGCUCCCCUCCCUCCCUCUGCCCUCACUUGCCCCACGCCACCUCCCUUAUUCGGUUCCAUCCUCCUCCUUCCUCUCCAGUCAGAUCCCACCAUCAGUAGCUGUUCUUCGCCUCCACCUAUCACCUCCAAGCUCUUGUCUCCAUAUCCAGUCUCCCCUCCUCCAUCUUCCCAUCAAUAACCCACACAUGCGCCCACGCAUCACUCGCCAGCCUUUGCUCUACCCCUGCACCUUCACCUCUUCAACCUGUCGAUCUCCCCUCUUUUCGUCCAGGCCAAGGGUCUAGUCCCGAAAGGGUCGCGUCCAUUUCCCUUCACGGAUGCUGUCUGACCUGCUGAGUUCCUCCAGCGUCUUGGCCAGCAUGUCUCCGUAUCCUCUGAUGCCCAUCCACCUGGAUCGCAGCCCCUGCAUGAGGACCGUGAGGCUAAAAGCAAACGAUAAGAGCAGCACCUCAUAUAACCCCUGGGUAGUUUCCCCUCCUAGGGCCUAUUUCAGUGCCCCCCAACUGUCUCUGAAACGUAACAAAGUAACAACGCGUAGAAACAGGAGCGUAAAUCACCAGCGCCUCUUACUUCCUCAGGAGGCUAAAGAAAUUUGGUUUGUCCCCUUUUGACUCUCACCAACUUUUACCGAUGCACCAUAGAAAGCAUCCUAUCUGGAUGUAUCACGGCUUGGUACGGCAACUGCUCUGCCCAAGACCGCAAGAAGCUUCAGAGAGUUGUGGACACAGCCCAGCGCAUCAGGAAACACCAGCCUCCCUUCUUUGGACUCCGUCUUUACCUCUCGUUGUCUUGGUGUAGCAGCCGGAAUAAUCAAAGACGCCACCCACCCGGGACAUUCUCUCUUCUCCCCUCUCCCAUCGGGUAGAAGGUACAGGAGCCUGAGGGCACGGACCACCAGACUAAAAGACAGCUUCAACCCCACUGUGAUAAGACUAUUGAACGGUUCCCUUAUACAAUGAGAUGGACUAUGACCUCACGAUCUACCUUGUUGUGACCUUGCACCUUAUUGCACUGCACUGCAUUUUUUCUGUAGUUGUGACACUUUGUACUGUUAUUGUUUUUACUUGUACUACACCAAUGCACUUUGUACUAACUCAAUGUAACUGCAUUGUGUAAUGAAUUGACCUGUACGAUCGGUAUGCAAGACACGUUUUUCACUGUACCUUGGUACAAGUGACGAUAAUAAACCAAUACCAACAUCAAA